ACUACACGUACUUUCCGUUGACAGCGGCGGCGCUAGUAGUAACUCUAUGAUAAAAAGUGCUUCCAGUAUGGUGUUUGUUUAGUUUCGUGGUUGUUUUAAUUUAAUUUGAAUUUAAAAUGGAAAAAAUAACAGUCGCGCAAUUGAAAAAACAAUUGAAAGACCUGGGUGAGAAAGUGUCAGGUACCAAAUCGGUAUUACUAGAACGGUUAAACAAUGCUCAACAGAAAAAUGCUACUACACCGUCCGUGAUCACCGUUGCCGGUGAAACUACCACAAUCGAUGGCCUAAGAUCAUUGCCAUUGCCAAAUUUAACCGAUAAAGGAACGACGGUUAGUGCUGUCAAAAGCCCAGUCAGUGAUCAAGUCAAGAUUGUCCCGGUCCACGAAUCUGUUACGAGAAAGCGGUUGAAGACUAUUCAAAAUGAACCGUCCGUGAUGAAUAUCGCCGGUAAGACCACAGUUGAUGGUCUCAAAAAUCAGCUACGUGCUAUGGGUGCAAAAGUUUCUGGCAACAAAUCUGUUCUCCAAGAGAGGGUGAAGAAUUGGCAAGAGAACAAUGUCACUCGACCGUUGUUCGAGAUUAACGUAAUCGAAGAGGACAAAGAAAAUUUUCCGACGAACAUGAAGUCUCAACCGUUAGAAAAUCUGGAUUCGAAAAUUCUGGAGUGGUUAACUCCAUCUGUUAUAGCCUACUACUUUUCUGAGCGUUUAUCAACGAAGGGCCACGACAAAGGAAGGAAACUUUUUCUAUGCGAGUUCCUGAAAAACAUUUCUUUUGUCGCUAAGGAUAACGAUGUCUUCAUAAGUUCAGUGUGCAGCGCCGAAACUAAAAAAAGUACUGACUACGCUGUUCGGGUUCACUUGAAUUGCAAAGAGAGGACCGUCAUCAAAGCAAAUUGUGAAUGUCCAGCGGGAUCUGGAAAAAAUGCUUCUUGCAAACACGUUGGUGCUGUUCUAUAUGGUGUGGAGUACUUCGCUGUAACAGGUCGAGUGAAGCAAAAUGGUGCGUGUACGAGUCAGCUACAACAGUGGCAUAUGCCUCGUCAGAAAGGUCGUCAGCUGGAAGCUAUAACGGUGGACAAGCUGAUGAAUGUUCCGAGCAAACAAUACGAAGCUUCUGAAGCGAUAACUAACUUUUUUUUCAACUCAAUAAUUCAAGGUAAAGGUUAUAGUGUUCACGACCUGAAUAAAGAAAAAUUCUAUGUGAAUGUGAAUGUUUUUAUGUUCCGGUCUGUGUGAAUACGUUUCUGUGAGAAGUCAAAGUCAACUUUGUGAAUACGAGUCGGUGAGGAGUCAUUUUCGUGUCGUGAUCUCGUUAGCAUGACACUUGAGGAAUGUUUACGUCCCGUCCAUGUAAAUAGUAUUCGUUAGAUCUUUUCGGGAUCCACUCGACUAAUUAUACGAUCAAUUCAAUCAACUUCUGCAGCGAAUAUUCGAACACCGUUGAUUCAUCACAGAGAGUGUAGGCUGCCGGCAUAUUUCAACGAUCACCAAUAUACUCGCAUUCGACUAGAAGCGUUAAUGCUGAAUCAAGUAAACAAAACUUCGGAUGAGGAACGAGUGAUAAUUGAAAAAAAAACUAGAGUCCACAAUAAGUACUGGGAAACGGUAAGACACACACGGAUAACAGCUUCGAUUGCACACCAAGUCAUCCGAACUUGCCGAACUGGAAAGUAUGUCACCGGUUUUCUGAAACAACAUAUUCUUCCCAAAAAGAUUAGAUCCGAUGCCAUAGCAUGGGGUAUCAAAAAUGAAAGCGCAGCAUUGAAGGCGUAUUCUACUGUGAUUGGAGAAGAAUUUUCUAAUUGCGGGAUUUUCGUUGAUAGUGAACUAAACUAUCUUUCAGCUACGCCUGACGGUAUCAAUAACUCUAAGUCGAUUAUUGUCGAGAUCAAAUGUCCAUAUGUCAAUAGAUUUGACCGACCUCAAGAUGCUCAUUUCUUAGUAGAUGAAGCGUUGAAGGUGAGCCAUCCUUAUUACACACAAGUUCAACUUCAAAUGUACGUAACCAAAAUAUAUAAAUGUGACUUUGUUGUCUGGACAACCAAGGGUAUUUUCAUUCAGCCCAUAGAGUAUGAUGUGGAGCUAGUGGGUCAAUAUUUGAAAACUAUUUCCUUUUACUACGAAAACGUAUUUUGUCCAUUCUAUUACAAGUUGAAAAAUGAAAAUCAAUAAAAAAAAUUUGUUCAGAACCGUAGAUGUGACUUUAUUUUCAACUUAAACAAAUCUUCACAAAAAUUGAUCAUUUACUUUGCGAGCGGAUUGUAGAGAUUAAUCAAACUGAAACAGAU